AUGUCUCGAAUUAACACAUAUUCCUCAGAGCUCAAAGAACAAAUCAACACAUUGGAAGAGCAAAUUAUGCAAACGGUGAGAGAUCAAUCGCAGGUUGGUCGCUCUGCAGAGGACGAUAUUGAGGAAGCGAAGCAGACGAUUAACGACCUGUUUGCUCGUAUCAUCGAAAUCAAAGAAAAGGCGGCGCAUUCGGAAGAGCUGGUCCAGGUGAUUUGCAAAAACAUCUCCAAGCUAGACGCGGCCAAGCGAAAUCUGACCGAGAGUCUCAACGCCUUGGCUCGAUUGCAAAUGUUUGUCUCCUCUCUGGACGCUGCCGAAGAAAUCCAAGGCACGCAUCAGUACAUCAAGGCCUCGCGCAGCCUAGGAGCCGUUCUCCAGCUGAGCUCGUUCUUCGAGAAAUACCACGAGAUCGAAAGUAUCGCUGCGCUGCUGCAGCGCGUGCAGACGCUGCGCGACUCAUUCUGCUCGCUGAUCUUCGGCGAUUUCGACCAAGUGGAGGACUUGGUGUACACGUUCGAAGAGGGAUCCAACCAGCCGAUCACCGAAGACAUGCUGGAAGAGAUGGAGAAGCAGGAAGCCGGAUUUGAUGACCAGCUCGUGACUCGCGGACGACUGCAAGCCGCUUGCUAUGUGAUCAACGCGAUGGGCGAAGAGACGCGAGGCCGCUUGAUCCAGUCGUUCUGCGUGAACCAGCUGAAGAACUACGACGCGCUGUUCAUGCCGGGAAGUGCCGGAGAAGGGCUGGAUCAGAUGGAGCGACGCUUCCAUUGGUUCUGGAAGACGCUCUCGGACUAUGAGGCCAAGUACCAAUGUCUCUUCCCGUUCAAUUGGCACGUGGAUGCGCACCUUCUCCAAGCGUUCUGCGAGAAGACCAAAGAGCACGUGGAAACGGUGCUGAAACGCUUCGAAACGCCCGAAAUGGUGGACGUGCCGCUGCUGGUCAACGCGCUGCGAACCACGAUGCAGUUCGAGCGAGAGCUGGUGCUGAAGAUGGAUCUGGGCAUAAAGAACGUGCCGCCGGAGAAUUUCCCGUACGAGCUGGACGAGGAGGGGCAGAUCGUGGAUAGCCAGAGUCCCGCGGGGAUUCGGCUCCGCUACGAGCGUCUCCGAAAGCGAGUAGAGGUGGAUGGGAGUUCUGAGCGGCAGGAAGAGCGCGAGGCGCAGAAAGCAGCGGAGAAAGAGCGCGUGGAGGCGGAGGGAAAGACGUACAGCGAUCCGCUGGUCGAAACGGGGAGUGGAUUGAACGAUAGGACGCGCUGCCCUGCUUUCUGGGCUUCAUUUCGAACAUCUUCGACCCGUAUCUCGCGGCCUUCGUGA